AUCCUAAAUUUUUUUUCACGGAACUACAAUUUUAAGGCUUUAAAAUUGUUAUAUUAAGAUAGUACAAUUGAAUUUUUGAUUGAUUUAGUGUGGAGUUUAAUAGUGGCCAGAAAGCAGUCACAAUGCCAUUGUAAUUGUAACGGCAUAAAACGAUUAAACGCCGCCGCCAAGGCGGUGGCGUCGAUACUUACCUCCAAAAUGUGUCUGUGCCUUGGUCAAAACGAAAGCGUGUUACGCCAGCAGAGCAACCACAAAAACAACAACAAUAAGGCCUCAAAGAAAGCCAACGUCAACGCCAACGUCGCGUCAUCGAUCGUGAGUCGUAGAAAGAGUAAGAGAGUGGGAGAGAAAGCAGAGCACAACAUCGCUAUUCAAUGUAAAUGUGAGUGAGUGCGAGUGCGAGUGAAUGAGUGUACAAAAGUGAACGCAUAAGUGAAAGAAGCGAAACCAAUAAUAAAAAUCAACAAUAAUAAAAGAAAUGAGUGCCAACAAGCGACGACGCAGCAGCAUCAGCAGCAGCAACAACAAUUGCCAGUUGAAAGAUGAUCAGUUAAAGGCAACAAAGGAUAUGCAAGUGGUGGGUGAGGGAGGAGAGCGGCUUGAAAUGCCGCGCGUGUGUCGUUGUUGCUGCAAAGGCGAUAUGGAAUUGCUUAGUUUGUUCGAGGGCAACGAUGCGACAGCAACAAAUCACAAUCAAACGACACAAACACAUCAAUUGCCGUCUUUGUCAGUACGCCGUCACAAAACCACAACAGCCUCACAACAGCAACAAAUGGAAGAACAACAAGAACAACAACAACACAGUCAUCAGCAAGAAAAGCGCAAAUGUGAUAAUCCCGUGGACUAUGCGCUGAAUAGUGCACAUAGCAGCAUGGAUACUGUACUCGAAGAGAUGAUCAUAUGGAUGCUCAAUAUAUCAUACAACGACGGAUUGCCACAGGAGAUUUGUCGGCAAUGCAAGGCGCAGUUUAUAAUGGUGGCAAAGUUUCGACGGCGUUGUGUGCGCGUCCAGCAGCGACUCCACGAGGUCGCCCAGGACAUUGCCGAGCGGAAGGCACGGCGUCGACCCGACAAACAGCAGGAACAACAAGAGCUGCCAAAUGAGCCGGAUGAGAAGGAGGCGGAUUACAUGCAUUUGCCGGAAUCACAAUUGGAACGCAGGCGUCGACUGAAAUCUGUUCAGCCGGAUAUGGAACUAAAAGAAGCUCAGACUGAUGAGGCAGAGCAUCCGCCAGCAGCCAAAUUAAGGCGUCUCCAACUGCGAGGUGCAUCUCUGCCAGCCAACAAAAUUGAAAUUGAGACUGAAACUGAAACGGAGACAACAACAACGACAUCGAGAAGCUCGACAGAGCAGACCAAAACUAGGGAGAGAUCCCCCAACAAGAGGACUCACGAGCCUUGGAAAACGAAGGCAGCUCGGAAGCAGCUUUCUGAAACCUGGUCCUCAAGCUCGACAAGCUGCGCCUACACCACAGAUAGCCGGAACACGCCGGACGAGAUCACACAGGUUGAGACACAGCAGAAUUCUGCAAAGAGCACAGUAUCGACAUCCUUAUCCCCAUCUUCAUCCUCACCGUCGGGUCAAACGUCACCGGAGCACCUUAGCGAUAUAUCCGUAAAUCUAUGUCGUGGCUUUGGCAGCGAUGAGAAUUCCUCCUCAACAACAGUGUCCACCCUUGAAGGUCAAACGACACCAGUUUCAAAUGCCAAACUCCGAUUUCCACCCAAACACUCGGCCAACAACCAAAACAAAUCCCACAUCGUUCUCCGCCGUGGGCGACGGGCACGUCCAACGCUCAGUUACGGACCGGCUAGGCGUCCGAGGCGCGUCUUAAAAAAGACGCCGGAAAAGGAACCGAAGUUGGCUAUAGAUCCAAAAAUACCCGAACAAGAGUUGCCCAAAUACACCAGCGAACCAACGAAACAAUCCGAUGAAGCACCGAACAAGUUGGAAACCAAAACAGAGGAGGCGCCGUCCAGCAGCACGGAUGAAACCUCAGAAACCACUUUAAAUGGAAGUUCAUCAAGGGCAACAGAUGAUGACAAUACGCCAAGUGAAAAGACAACAACGAACGACGCGGAAAAGGAGUCGGAAAUGUCCAAGACGGAAAACUUAAGCGAUGCAGUGCAUCCUUCUAAGCUGGACAAUGGAUUACAGGAGGAAACCAAGUCUGUAGAUCAGGAAACAAUCGCAGCGAAUCAACAUCAGGUAGAUAAAUCGAUCGAAACAACUGUGUCCAUAUCGAAUGGACAGUUGUCAGUGGAUAAUCCAGUGCAAUUUGAAGAAUUGACGUCAUCCACGGAGCUCAAUCGACAGAUGACACCUGGAGUGACAUCCCCAGACUGCGUAGUGGAAGUGGAAGUCAGUUUGGCAAAUGAUGAUCAGCAGAAUUCCGAGCUAAUUGUGAGCAUACCACUUGACGCUCUCGAUGAUGAACUGCAGCGUAAACUCUGCAAUCCUGGAGCAGGUGAAGGUGAAGCUGAAUCAGAGGCCAAAGAUGAGGACGAUGUGAAUAACAAUGCAAACGACGAGAAUUUUUGCCAGAGUGCUACAGCAGAUAGCUUCAAUUCUGCUGUGGCACUCGAGAUCAAAGAAAUUGAAGCAGAACCAGGCGGAAGUGGAGAAGAGAAGCCAAUGGAUGACGAGAAUAUGGUGUCACUAGAACGGCUGGUGAAAUUGCCGGAUGAGCAGCACGAUGAGGUGCAAUUGCCACGUUCAACUGCAAACUCUAUGGAUUUCCUGGCCGAAUUUGAGAAGCACUGCGAGAAGACAUUGAAACUGCAGACGGUGACGGCGACGACGCCACAUGAACUGGAGCUGCAAGAGGCCAAACAGCAGAUGCAGGUGGAAAUGAACGAUGUGGAGAGCACACUGCAUGGCAUACUCAAUGAGAUGCAGGAUCAGCAUCUCUAUACGCCCGUCUGUACGCCCAUUGAUGAAUUCCUUACGCCCGCCGAUUAUGCACCACUCAACGAACCGGAAACGGAGUCGGAGACGACGCUGGCAACGCCUGCGAAUAGCAUACCAACGACCAAUCUCUAUGAGACAGAUGUGGUGCAGCAGCAGCAGCAACAACAACAGCAGCAGCAACAACAACAGGUGUUUGAUAGCAGCAGCUUUAGCAAUGAGCUGAUUGGCUUUCAAAAUGAUAUGCCCUGUUUUGAGAAUAUUGAAGCGUCUCCCGAGUCGAUGGCGGCACAGCAGAGUCUGCAGCUGGAGUUGACGCAGUUGCUCAAUGAUUUGCAGCCAGCUAGCAGUGGCAGCAGCAGCAGCAGCAACAGCAACAAUCAACAGCAGCAACAGUUGCAGUUGCAGUUGCAACCAGAGACUGUCAGCUACGAUGCACUUUAUCCAGCAGCGCCGGCAGCAACACCUGUUGCUCCCACUGCCACUGGCAACAGCUCCAGCAAGGUGAAACUCAUCCAAAUGUCGCCACAAGAGACAUUGUGGCAGGCACAAACGACAGCCCAGCAGACGACACAUUUGCAAUGGUCAACGGUGGGUGGUUUGGAGUCCAUCAAGACAAUGCCCGUUGCCGGUUUGAAUGGCAACUUGGAGAACAGCCCGGCGACAACAACAACCACGUACUACAUCAACGCCAGUGAUCUGUACCAGCAGCCAAGCAGUAAUCUCACAGGGGAUACCUAUGCUCUACUAGACAACAAUGACAAUUACGUGUUGGAGCAACAACAGCAACAACAACAACAGCAGCAGCAACAGCAGCAGCAACCUAUUAUGAUACUCAUACAGCAACCAGAGAUGCAACAGCCGGUGGCUUCUGCCAGUAAUCCACAGCAGGCGCCAUUGCACAUCACGUAUGCUCCACAAAUUGGCAAUGAAAUGCAUGCGUACCAGCCACAACAACACCAACAAUUACCUACACCAAAACAACAACAGCAGCAGCAGCAACAACGUUCGAAACAACAACAACAACAAGUACAAAAUCAUGCAGUAUUAGGUUUACCAGCAGCUGUGGCUCCGCCCACCCGAGGCAGACCGCCCAUGUUAAAGUGCCGCUUCUGUCAGAAUGGACCGCGCUUCUCCAGCAGCUUGGAAUACAGUCGCCACAUCAUUGAGCUGCAUCCGGCCGUGGCGCCCUUCACCUGUCCGCACUGCCCGCAGGCAUUUGCCGGUCGCAGCAAACGCAAUCAGCACAUCCUCAGCCAUCAUGUGGUGCAGCAAUUCCAUUGCGGCCAAUGCUCACAAAUGUUUCCCGCUCAGCGUGCUCUCGACUUGCAUUUGCAGCGAUUCCACAUGCCACUCGCCACGGACACGGCAGCGGCAACUGAUGCUGUGCGUCUGGAGGAGGUGCAACUCCAAAUUGCCACUAAGGAGCAGCAGCAGUUACAACAACAACAUCAGCCACAGUCACUGCUACAAGCAUCGUCGCAGCUGCAAACUGUUGAAUCGCUAAAAAGCACAAUGCAGACACGCAGGACGCGCAUACUUUGUUGCCCGGACUGUGAGGACUGUAGUUCGUCUCCAAUUGGACAUCAUCAUCGCAGGAUUGGACAGAACUACGAGGAGUUGAGUAAUUUGCCGACACCGCCAACAGUGUUGACACCGCCAUCAACCAUUGCCUCGUUGCCAUCGCCACAGCCACAAGCAACGCCGCACAUAACGUUGCCAUCGCCGGAGCAAUCGGAGCCGGACUCGACAACUGCAACAUUGCGACAAUUUCGCAAACGUUGCACAGCCAGUGGCAACACUACACCUAUUCCUACAACAGCAACAACAGCAGCUGCUGCAACAGCUACAACAACAUCAACAAUGCUUAUGACAGCAGCAUCUCCGUCCCCCUCAUCAUCGCCAUCAUCAUCGACUAUGGAAACGAGUGCGACAGCGACUCUGCAAAUGAGUAAACUUCGUGGUAGCCAUCAAUGUGUUCUGUGCGACAAGAGAUUCACGAAUAUCAUUGCACUGCGGAAGCAUCAACAGUUGGCCCAUGAUUCGCAGACCACCAUGCCGUGGGUUUGUUCAAUCUGUAAGCGUGGCUAUAGGAAACGCACCGAUAUGGAUAAUCAUAUGAAAUCGCACGAACCAAAGGGCAGGCCAUAUGAGUGCAAUGAGUGUUGGGUGCGAUUCCCGGAAUUUAAGCAGCUGGCAAUGCACAAGUUCACCGUACACGAGCUGAUCAAGCCGCAUACCUGCGAUGAGUGUGGUAAACAAUUUGGUACGGAGAGCGCCUUGAAGACGCACAUUAAAUUUCAUGGUGAGCGCGGUUUCCAGUGCGAAGAAUGCGACAAGUGUUUCGCACAUAUCAAAGAUUUUCGAAAACAUCGACGCACCCACAACAGUGAACUGUUUUACAAAUGCGAACACUGUCCACGAACGUUUCUACAUUUUACGAGCUUUCGCGCUCAUAUGAACACUCAUUUGCCGUUGGGUGUAUUCCUAAAUGAUAAAUCAACUGCACCGAUGCCCAUUAAAACGGAGAGUCCCGCAACGCCCGGAACAAACGAGGAAUUCCUGCCAAUGACGCCGCUGAGCCACUGCAAUGGAAACAUCAAUGAAGAAUGCCCCGGAUCCGUGGAGAUGGUGGAGAGCAGCGUGGCACAAUCGCUGGAAAUGAUUAUUGAUGCGCCAUAACAAUUAGCGCCGCUUUAUUAUAUAAUUUACAACUACCCAGGGAUGACAUCUUCCGAUUCCAAUUGCUAUACGUAGCGUUGGCUUCCAUUUUCCGACACACA